AUGGUCCAUUUCUUGCACCCGUUGCUGUGCCCGCGGACCCUGGUGCUGCCCGACGCGCAGGAGGACGCGCGGGGCCGCAGCGUGUUGCAGGAGGAAGCAUCACCCUUCUCUUUGUUCAGCAUCUGCCUGGAUGUCUUGAUUGGCAGCUUAGAGCAAUGGUGUUCUAAAAGACCUGAUGGAACAUUGUGCCUUCCAGAGCAUUGGUGUUUCCCUCGUGAAAUAGCCGAUCGGUUCCUUGAGAGGAUGGCUUGGCAAGGCAAGAUAACUGACAGAACAGCAAGCAUUUUCCAAGGCAAGCAAACAAACCUGAAGCUGAUAAAUAUCCAAAGCGCUGAACUCUCACCCUCAGUCUUCACAAAAGCCUUCUGCCAUCACAAGCUUGUUGAAGUGGAUGCCACCUCAGUGGACUCUGAGCUUCUAGCCUCAGACAUCAUCCAUGCUCUCCAAAGCAGUGCCUGGAUCCAGAAAAACCUUCAGUGUCUUCGGUUAGACUCAACUAGUGUCCCUCAAAACUCAAGACUACAGGCCUUGGGCCAGUUCACUGGUCUUCACACUUUAAGCGUUGCCAAUGUGUCCUUUUGGAGUGAAGACCUAGUGAGCGUUUCUCAGUUACCAAAGCUGGAAAGCUUGGAUAUCUCCAAUACCCUGAUCACCAAUAUCUCUUCACUCCUCACCUGUAAGGACCGGCUCAGAUCUCUCACGAUGCACCACCUGAAAUGCCUGACUAUGACAAACCCUCAAAUUCUUGCAGUCUUCAGUCAACUGAAAUGCCUGCUUCACCUUGAUAUUUCUGAUCACAGGCAGCUCAGGUCAGACCUGGCUUUUCAUCUGUUACAGCAGAAGGACAUCCUGCCCAAACUUGUAUCUCUGGAUAUUUCUGGGGGCGCUGACAUCACUGAUGAAGCUGUGAGAUCCUUUUUACAGCAGCGGCCAGAGAUUCGGUUUGUGGGACUCUUGUCCACAGAUGCUGGUUAUUCCUAUUUCUUUAUGGAAAAGCAAGGCUUGAAGGUUGCUGGAGGAGCCAACGUGAAUCAGAUUUCUGAAGCAUUGAGCCGGUACAGGAACAGGUCAUGCUUUGUGAAGGAAGCUCUCUACAGGCUCUUCACAGAGACGCUUUCACUGCAAGUCAUCCUGCCUGCCACUCUAAAGCUUGUGGCCAUAGGAAUGAGGAAUCAUCCACAAGAUCUACCAGUGCAGUUCACAGCCAGUGCUUGUGUGCUCAACCUAACACGCCAGAACCUGGCCAAGGGAAUGCCUGUUCGUCUGUUGUCAGAGGUCACCUAUCUACUCUUCAAAGCAAUGAAAAAUUUCCCCUACUACCAACAGUUACAGAAGAAUUGCCUUCUCUCCUUAACCACCUCCAGGAUUCUUGCUGACGUUCCCUUUGACAGGUUUGAUGCUGCCAAGCUUGUGAUGAGGUGGCUGUGCAGGCGUGAGAACCCCAAGAUGCAAACAAUGGCCGUGAGCAUCACCUCCAUCUUAGCCCUGAAGCUCUUACCUGAGGAGACUGAACAGCUUCAGGAAGAGCUCAUCAUGACAGUCAAGGAACUUCUAACAAUAGUGAGACAAAAGACGACUGAGAAGUUAGAUGAUGUCACCUUCUUGUUUACUCUGAAAGCACUUUGGAAUCUUACAGAUGAAUCUCCAUCAGCCUGCAAGUACUUUAUUGAGAACGAAGGACUGGCAGUCAUCACCAAAGUCUUAGAGACAUUUCCCGUGUCUAUGAUACAGAGCAAAGUGCUUGGUCUCCUGAACAACGUAGCUGAAGUCAGAGAGCUCUCUCCCAAGCUGGUGACAAAAGAUCUGUUGAGACAUACCAUCAGUCUGCUUCACAGCAGCAACAUAGAAGUGAGCUACUUCGCUGCUGGUGUGAUAGCCCAUCUGACAUGUGACAGACAGCACUGGCUAUCCCGUGACCUGCAGAGGAGAGAUCUUCUCCAAGACUUGCAUGUAACCAUCCAGAAUUGGCCAAGUUCACGGUGUAAUAUGUCAGCAUUGGUGACCUACAGAUCUUUCAAAUCAUUUUUCCCACUCCUUGGCAACUUCUCUCAGCCAGAAGUUCAGCUCUGGGCACUAUGGGCCAUGCAUCAUGUCUGCAGUAAAAACCCUAGCAAAUACUGCCAACUGUUGGUAGAAGAAGGAGGACUGCAGCUCGUGUGCGAUGUCCAGCACAGUCAGGCCAAUGCCCAGGUGAGGCAGAUGGCGGCCUCCAUCCUGGAGGACUUCAGGAUGCACUUCACAAGCUACCAGAGACCCACACAGCCCCAGCAACCUUUUUAA